AGAAUAUUCAGGAAAUCAUUUUGUUGUAGGUGGUAACGAGAGGAGAAAAGGGGAGGUGAGAUCAUGGAAGAAGAGAAUGCUGAUCUAAACACCAGCUUACUCCGUAGAGACGAUGCUUCCGAGCUCGACCUUCUCGAGAGAACCGGUACAACAUGGACAGCAGUGGCACAUAUAUUAGCAGGGGUGGCAGGUGCAGGAGUGCUGCCACUAGCAUGGAGCGUGGCGCAGCUCGGGUGGAUCCUCGGCCCUCUCUGCAUCAUCAUCUUUGCGGCAAUGACUCUUUUUUCUUCUUUCCUUCUCGCUGAAUGCUACAGACAUCCCGAUCCCGAGCAUGGACCUAUCAGGAACAGGUCUUUCAUGGAAGCUACUAAGCUCUAUUUAGGUGACAAGCACCACGUUGUAUUCGGAUUUUUGAUCCAAUUCACCAUAUUCGGGGUGGCCGUUGUCUUCACCAGCACCGCCGGUAGCAGUCUACGGGCAAUUCAGCAGUCAAACUGCUACCACAAAUACGGGCAUGAUGCUCCAUGCCAAUAUGGGGAUAAUUUGUACAUGAUGCUCUUUGGGUUCGUCAAUAUAUUUCUGUCUCAGAUACCCAAUUUCCAUAGCACAAGAUGGAUCUCCAUAAUGGCUUUGGUCAUGUCCUUGUGCUUCUCAUUCAUUGGCAUUGGACUAGAACUGGCAAAAGUAAUCGAAAAUGGAACAGUAAAGGGCAGUAUUACGGGGGUCCCCGGUUCUGAUUCUGCCAGUAAAACAUUUCUUGUAUUCACAGCGCUUGCAGACAUUGCUUUUGCAACCCCGUUUACAAUUAUUCUACUCGAGAUCGAGGACACACUGAAGUCGCCUCCACCGGUGAACAAGACGAUGAAGGUCGCCUUGACGGUCGCGGUAUCCAUCAUCACUUUAUUUUACCUCACCUACGGAUGCAUUGGGUAUGCAGCUUUUGGUGACAGCACGCCCGAGAAUCUCCUCACGGGCUUUGGUUUUUACGAGCCCUAUUGGCUUGUCGACUUUGCAAAUGCCUGCGUUGUUAUCUAUCUGAUGGGAGCAUAUCAGAUUUACGGUCAGGCUAGUUUCGCAAUGCUGGAGAGAUGGCUCCGUGAGAGAUUCCCAGACAGCAGGUUGCUGAACAAGUCCUAUUCCUUCAAGUUUCCAUUAUUACCGACAACCCAGAUGAACCUCUUUCAGGCCUGUUUCCGAACAUUCUAUGUUGUAAUAGCAACAUUGAUAGCGGUAAUCUUUCCGUACUUCACCUCAGUCAUCGGAGUUGUGGGGACCGUAAUUUUUUGGCCAUCUGUGGUGUACGGUCCCGUGCGGAUGUACCUUGUGCAGAGGCAAGUCAGAACUUGGAGUAGGAAGUGGAUUCUUCUCACCGCAUUUAACAUGGUCGGGUUCAUCAUUACGGUCGUAGGAUUUAUCGGGUCACUCGCAGAACUUGUCAGUGCCAAAAUCAAUUGAGAAAGAGCAAUGGGAUGAUGGAUCAACUGAAGGACCUUCCUCUUGAUAAAAUCUUAUAUAUGUAUAUAUAUAUAGAUAUAUAUACAGUCGAAGAAUGCAGGAAAACCUUUUCCAAUUGGUGUUUUGCCAAUUGCCGGCGCUUUUCAAAGCAUUGGCAAAAGCAUCGACAUACUUUUUUGUCGAUACUUUAAAGCCCUUUCUCAUUAUCUUGCAAUCGUUGUAAAAGAAGUACAAUCACAUGAAAGGAGAAGGUUCUUCAGGAUUUGUAAUUUUUUUUGUUAAAAGUAUUUGUAAUUUACUAGUAUAGAAGCACGCGCGUUGCACGUGUAAGAUGUCGAAAACAUUAUCAAGUUGAAAUGAUAUAUUGUCACUAAUAAAGUUUUAAUUGAAUAA